AUGGGGGACCCCUCGGCGAGCCCCGAAGCCCUCGUGCCGCGCUUCCAGCUCGAGCGCGUGCUCAACCAAGACCAGGCGGGCCGGCGCGUCAGCAUGCUCGGCGCCAUCGACGGGCUGCCCGCGCUGCUGGUGCUGGAGCGCGCGCCGUUCCCGGCCUCCGGGGCGUACCUCGGGCGGCUGCCGGGGUGCCUGGCGCGGGUGCGCAAUCUCGGCGCCAACGACGUCUACAGCUGGAGCAUGGCGCGCACGGGCAGCGACGGCGGGGGCGGGGGCGGUGAAGGUGGCGGCGAUGCGGACGACGGCUUCUUUGCCGACCUCAAAAUCAACCUCAUCUACCCGUGCACCGAGACGCACGUCAAAAAGUACAGCAAGCAGGGCGUGCGCUUCGUGGCCGAGACGCCCGAGCUGUACCGCGGCGCGGUGCGCCCCUACAUGCAGAGCAAGCGGGAGCAGGGCCGCCUCAACUGGGUCUUCAACAUUAUCGAGGGCAGGACCGAGGUCGACGACGUGAUAUACAGGACCCGGCUGGGCGAGGCCGGCGACGAGGGCUUCCUGCUGCUGCCCGACCUCAACUGGGACCGCUCCACGCUCGAGGCGCUGCACCUGCUCGCCCUCGUCGAGCGCCGCGACAUGUGGUCGCUGCGGGACCUGAAAAAGAAACACAUCCCGUGGCUCGAGCACAUGCGCGCCCGGCUCGUCUCGGCCACCGUGUCGACGUAUCCGUCCAUCCAGCCGGACCAGCUCAAGCUGCCACGGGAAAGGCCGUGGGGCUCGACAGCAUCAUCGAAACGCUGCGCGUCAUGGCGGGCGACGCCGAGGCGGGCAUGGACGGCAUGA